GAGAGACUCUGACAGUCGAGAGCCAGGGACCGAGAGAGAAGCACGAUGUCUGAAUUCAGAAGGAUCAUAAUGUCUUCAUUCCUGAUGCUGCUGCUCCACUUUCCAGCUGCAGCUGUGAAACAAUACUCCCGUAUUGUCAGAGCUGGAGAUGAAGUCACUUUGCCUUUUGACAAUGUGAUAGAUGAUCAGGAUACGUGUGAGUAUACUACCUGGUACUUCAGGGAUUCAAGAAGCUCAGUGACGCUGUUUGAAGGCGGGAAGAUUCACAACGAAGCCAAAGCUAAAUCAGACAGACUGAGAGUUACAGAGAAAUGUUCUCUGGUUAUAAAGAAGGUCACAGAGGAGGAUGCUGGUUAUUACACCUGCAGACAGAUCAGAUCAGGACAACAACAAUAUCAAGACUCUCAGGUUGAUCUGUCUGUUGUUACCAUGACUGAACAUCAGGACAAUGAUGAGGUGACGUUACGCUGCUCUGUGUCGACAUAUAGAUGGUGUAGACACACAGUGAAGUGGCUGCUUCAAGAUCAAGAUGUGGAUAAAGAUCACAGAGAGAUAAAGACAUCACAGUCUUCCUGCUCUGCCUCUGUGAUAUUUCAGACUUCUCAUUUUAGUAACACAACAAGGUCUGAGUUGUUUAAUUGUGAAGUAAGAGAUGGUUCCAACAUGCAGACCUUCAGUCCUCAGACCUCAGGUGCAGGGAAGGUGACUACAAUAUCAACCACACCUAUUAAACCAACUUCGACAAAAGUGAAAACUACAUCUGAAAAAACAAGACAAGUCGGUCGGUGGAGGUGGAUCAUCGUUGGGAUCGUGGGUGUUGCAGCACUCACAAUAAUCACUGUGGCUGUCAUCAGACGGAAGAGGACUCAAGGGAAUGAAACGCAGACGGAUGACAACGUGGCUGACCCUGAAGAUGGUGUUUCCUACGCCUCCAUCGGCUACACCAGGAAGAGCAGCAGGAAAGCCAGGGCUCACCUUCAUGAUGAUGAUGAAGAUGAUGCAGUGACCUACAGCACUGUGGGAGCUCCCUCCUCUUCCUCUGCUGCCUCCGCUGAUCCCAGCCUCCUCUACGCCACCGUCAACAAACCAAGAAAGAAACCGAUUAGGAAGCAGCAGAGAUCCUCCCAACAUGUGGAGGUCACUACUGUCCUCUCACACUGAGAAGCAGAUCUCUGCAGACACAAACACAAACACUCUCUCAUGUGUGAAUAAUUGUGGAAGAAACACUCAACGCUGAUUGUUUUUGGAUUUAGUGCGUCUGCUAGUGCCAUAAUAAUUCUGUACUUGGUAGUGCGCUAUACACAGAAGUAAGAAGACCUCAGGGGUUUAUUAUUCCAAUAAAUGCAUUUUGAAGGGACAAAAGUGCAUGUGCAAUGCAUGUGCAUACAACAGGAAAUGAAGGAUGCUAUUAAACUAUUAACAUAGAUGCUUUUGAGCUGAAGCUUUGGAUCACUGAUGUUUUAUCUAAGGUGCAUUAGAGAAGAAUAGAUGGAAGAAUAACAAACCUGCUUUAAGUAAAUGGCACUUACAAAUUCAAAUAAAAUUCAAGUUAAACUUAUAAGACAAACCUGCCAUUCGUUGAAAAGUCUUUAAAGUCGACUCUACAGUAUUAUUGAUAAAGUUCCUCCUGUCAAAAUUGGCACUGAAGAAAUCUUUUAAACAGAGAUUUUAAUGUAGGUGAAUGGGUACAAAAGUGUUAAAUGAGAAUGUUAAUUCAGUGUGCUUUUGAGAUAUACAGAUUGGUUACAUAAUGUUUAAAUGUGUGCAGUAGAGAAGUGUGUGAUCAAAUCUUAUCAAGUUUAACAUAUCCUAAACUAUCUGUAAAACCCUGCUGCUGCUGCUGCUUUGUGCUCAUUAAAACAACAUAAUAAAUACAAAUCAAUCAAUCA